CAAAAACGUCAGAAAUUCUUUUAUUAUAAAUUUUGUAUAGAAAAUUGUUUAAUUUAUUUUCGCUUCUCCUUUAUCGUAGUCAUGAGUACUGUAAAAUUCCGCCAACUUAUUGAUAUGGCCAUUGGUUCACCAGAUCCUGGUCAUGUGAAUUUUAAUGCCCUCCAUUGCAUACUAAGCUGUUUUGCAGAGAAGCUCAAUAUACUUGAUGAGACUGUGGACUAUUCCAAAUACGAGACUAUAAAUCUCUGCAAUUCCUCUACUAAGGAUUUAUAUGUAGAUCUCAACAAAUGUCCAGGAUGUGGAAUUCGCAUAGGUGGAGGUUUUGAUCCGGAUGGUGAAGAAAACGACAAGCCAUUGGAGACCGAAAAUGAACCAGGGCCUACGAGUCAUGCGGCAGAUGAGCCAGGUGAAAUCCAAGAAACAGAAAUUAAGCCACAAGCAGAAAAUGUUCCAGAAAAUGAGAUGCAAUCUCUGGAAGUAAAUUUGAGUCAUACCAAUGCUGAAACAGAAAAAAAGGAAGUCGAGCAACAUAUUCCACCACAAGAUGUGGAACUUGCUACUAAUCUAGCCUCAGGAUCAAGAAAGACAAUUCCCAGUCCUUCAACCUCCGUAAAGUCUAUGGAAGACAAGAACGCAGGAAAAACCAUAGAAAUACAGAAGGCAAAUCCCAGUCCCUCAACUUCCUUUAAGUCUACGAAAGGGAGCACUGAACAAAUCAUGGAAACCAGUAAGACAAUACUCAGUCCCUCAACCUCGGUUAAGUCCAUUACAGGAACGAAAGCAGAACAAAAUGGCGAAACCAGCAAGAUUAUUGCCAGCCCAUCAGCAUCCACUAAGUCCAUUGAAGAGAAACUCGAACAGCAUGUGGAAACCACAAAGGCAAUUCCCAGUCCUUCCACUUCUUUAAAAUCCCUGGAAGCCCAACCUGAUCCAAUGCAAGUAUCAGUUCUUCGCAUAGAAAAUCGAGUUUCCAAAGUUGAAAUUUGGCUGUCAAAGCUUGCAGAGCUGGACAACUUUUUCACCGGCAUUGCUAUAAUGAAAGAUCAGUUAGAACUUGCUAUGCAGCAAUUACUACUGCUAACAUAUCUCACCCUAAGCAAGAAACCUGAUUGUGAAAAAGCCCUUAAACUUUUCGAUAUGGCCCAAAUUCUACAUUCAAUAUGUAAAGAAAACACUGCCAUUAAAGGCUCCAAUCGCUUUGAGCUGCCGUCUGAGCCUUCUCUAACUUGGCGUUUAUCGGAGCUGCAAUUGGAGGAGGCAACAUCUUCGGAUGACAUAUGGGAGAUGCAAACAUCACCACAACCACAACACCAAGCUUCCACAGAUCAUCUCAGACAAUUCGAACCGGAAGGAUGUUUGUGCUACUCUCCUGGCAAACUACUCGACCAGUUGAUGGAACUAAAAACCCAUUUCUGUAUACUCACCAACAAGGUUAAUGAGCUGACCGCCAAGUUGGUUAAACAAGAGGCCCAACAAACCCUCUCACGCAUGCAAGAAAUGCAAGAGCAAAUGAAAGUUCUUCAACUGAGCGUGACUAAUCUUAAGGAACAACAAGAGCGUGCAGAAAUACGCCUUACAAACAACAUUCUCAAUGUGGAGAAUAUCAAAAGGACCCUUGAAGAUGUGCUAGUAGCAAAGAUAGACAAAACUGAGGUGGAACUUCAGCUGGCAGAUAAGGUCGACUACAAUCAAUUGCAAAAGAAAGUUUCGCUUGAUCAAAUGCUUGAGAUUCAAUGUCGUUUGGAUAAACGCUUCAACGAAGUAUUCCGCCAAAUCAAAGAGAAUGACAAGAAACUCGAUAUGAGUGUUGAAACUUUACAACAAACCUUGGGCUAUGGAGCUAUCGAGGGAAUUUUGAAUACCUUCAGGCAACAGAUUGAAAACAAAAUAAAAUCGCUACACGAUAUGUUGCAAAAAUAUGUGGAUGCUACAAAUGAUGAUUGUGCUGCCGCCGGUGCUCGGGUUAAAGUUUUACAAGAUUUGGCCUGCUUGUCAUGUGACACCAACUGUGUGAUGCGCACCAUGGAAAAGUCAAAGGUGGGGAAAUUGCGAAAUGCUCAUGCAUCACCUAGCUUAAGUCCCUUUAUAACAUACGAAGUGGGUAACAUACGAAAAUCAGGACUCAAUGCUGGACGUCAUGCAGGAGGCUUGCAUACAACGAAUACAGCUCGUGAUAGAGUUGAGAAGAUUCUUUUGAAUGGAAAAUGAGGAUAGAAAUUGUUGAGUUUUUUUCUUAAAUAUUAAUUUUAUUUUUAUAA